AUGGAGCCCUUGCGAUAUUUAGAGACUGAAGUCAUACGACAACUACAAUGCCAUGACGGUGCUGGCUUACAGCAAUUAUAUAUCAUCGAUCUAGACAAACAGAGGCAAGAUACUGAUUAUCGUGAAAAGCUCAAGGAACUUCUGACGCAGAUCCAAGUCUGCAUCAAAUUCAAUGUCCCUAGUUGGGACGAUUCCGAAUUACCCCAUGCACCCUUGUUGUGGCAGGUUCCAGCAUUCGACGGCGAUGGUUUCGUGAUUGAUCAACAAGCUAUCAAGCAUCGGAACAGGGUACUCCGAAUCAUGAUCAAAUCAUCACUCCACAACACCGACGAUAUCUGGAACCACAAAGAUGUCGAAACCUGGAUGUCUACCUCCAAGUCAACAAUCUUAUUUGUAGUCGGUAACUCACAGUCUUUGAAACGGUUGGAGAGGUUUAGCGUCGAGGUGAUCCUGCGACUUGAGAAGAAUGAGCCGGUACUUCAUCUUUUGGAUCCUUUGCCUGAUAGCCUUCCAGGUCCUUUUAAAUUAUCAACGGUCAGUGUCCUACGUCAGUUAGCCAUCCAGUGUUUGCAGACGUUAUCAACCCCAAAGACACUAGGCUUGCUCGUCAAAUUGAAGCUUGAUUUCCGAUCAGCGAGCGAGAGCGACUGGUAUCGGCUUUUGGCUGAACUUAUGAACAACCAACCACGCGUCUCUAUUGUUCUAGAUCUAGAAAUCAUGAGCAGUAACUUUCGAGAGGCUCAUACCUGGGAAGCUAGAUUUUCGCAACUCAUCCAAUGGCUACAAGACAAAACAUGUCUGAGAGUCAUGAUACUCACUGGUCGGCCAAACAAUAUAGACCUUGACUCUGUUGUUCACAAAAUGAUUGUUGGACCCUUAAGAAUGAGUCAUGUGUCGUGGCCGGACAUGGUUAAAUAUUUUGAGUCAGGAGUUGGCCAGCAGCGAUAUUCGCGACUUCACAAUGCUCGAUAUCGUGACUUCCUGAACGUACAAAGACAACCCAACUCUUCGGCACCUAUCAAACAGUCUGGUUCUUCAAUUGAAAGCAUUGAUAGCUCUAGUACUCAAGAAGUACGUAGUGAGGAAUGCUCUAAUACCGAUGCUACGCCCAUGCCGACGCUUGACGACGCUUUCAAAUACUUGAGCAUGGGUGCUCUUCAAGCUUCAAGCUCUGACUCAAGAUCAACGGAGCAAUGGUUCCAGAUGCUAGGAGCAACACACGAGUUUAUGUACAAACAAGAGUUCAAAUCAACAACUCCAGUGAAAAUUGCUGUUCUUGACACUGGCUUUGCUUACGAUAACCCCCAAGACAAGAGAUCACUGAGACCAUACUACCAAAGAAUCAAGAGGCUCGCCAACUUCAUCGAAGGGGACCCUGAUUCUGAAGCCAAGACAGAUCCUUCUGGACAUGGAACAGCAGUAGCCGUGCAAAUACUGAAAGUCAGUCUAACAGCAGUAUUGUAUGUCUGUCGAGUGGCUGGUCCAGAUGGUGUACCUGACAAAUCAGCUAUCGAAAAGGCAAUACGGAAGGCGUCUGGCAAGCCAGACAAGGAUAGCCCUGAUGGUGGUGGUUGGGGCGUCGACAUUAUCAACAUGUCAUUUGGCUGGCCUUAUCACCAUGGCGGUGUUCGGAAUGCUAUCGAAUUUGCACGACAAAACGGAGUUCAUUUAUUUGCUUCUACUUCCAACGACGGACUCCUUGGUCCACCAAACGACAUACUCUAUCCAGCACGUUCCGAUAGUGUGAUUGCUGUGGAUGCAGCCGAUGGUCUCGGUGAGCACGCCAGAAGCGCUCCCUCAUCGUCCUCCCAACACAGUAGAGGCUCAAGAUUCAGUGCCCCAGGGCUUGGAAUCACAUCACCCAACACAGACCAUAUCUGGGAAGGAUCGUCAUUUGCAUGCCCUAUCGCUGUGGGAGUGGCAGCUUUAAUACUUGAGUUUGCUAGACAAAGUCCUCUUAACAAAAGCCCAGAAGUUCAGACAUACUUGCAGGAAAUGCCUGCAAUGCUUGCUAUGUUAAGACGGGCGAGUAGUGACAAGGGACCCGAUGGACUCAAGUUUCUGACACCAUGGAAGCUUAUCGGUAAGGCUGGAGAGGAUAGGUUGGUUACUGCUUGGUUUAUUGUGGAUGAGUUGAGAAAGGAAUAUGGCCUAGAAGUAGGCGCUGGAUUAUUACCAAAUAAUACAUAG